AUAAAAAAUCUAAACAACAAAUUGGUUCAUAUGAUGAAUUUGAGAAUAAAGAAGGAUCUCAGUCCGUUAAUGUUGAACUAGCAUUAGAUGAUGAUGGACCACUCUUUAGUGAUGACGAAAUUCUGAUUGAGUUAUUUGCGACUCCUGGUGUUGAUAUUAAUUAUGAUUUUGAUCAAGAAGAUUCUACUAUGAAUAUGAUAUGA